AUGUUAAUGGGAGUUCCUGAUUCUACAAAUGUGCAGGUCCCUGGACUGCGCUCCCAGACUCUGCCGGUCAUCAGAGCUGCUGUUCCAGGUCUGCGGAACCAGGACUAG